AUGGCCCUCAGAACCCUUGGACUGGCUUUGUCCAGAAUGAGCCUUGCACCUGCUUUACCCAGAGGCGUCCCGGCUGUGCGCGCGCCCACGCUGACACCCCCGCCCGUGCAGACUCGCCUCCCUCCCGCAGCCGCCCGCAACGCAAGCACGACCUGCGGCGCCGUCCCUUCCUGGCGGACCUUCAGCUCCGUCGCCGCAGGCACGACCCCGUCUUCCCCCCGCCUGGUGGCCGCUGCGGUGCCUGCGUCCGCGGGGAGCACGCUGGUGGCGCAGCGCAGAGCCAUUAUCUUCGUCCAAUUAGCCACCAGUGACCUUGUUAACAGCGACCUUGCUCUCCCCCCCCUCGCCAUUGCAGGUAAGGCAGCUGGCGACCUCGGAGCCCACGAAGGCACGAAGGCGUCGCUGCGGCAGAUGCACAAGACAGGCCCCGUCAAGAAGAAGAGGAAGAACAAGAACCCGCUGGUGAAGAAGGCCUUCGCGAGGGGCGUGGUGCUCAAGACGCUCAUCAAGAAGCCCAGGAAACCCAACUCGGCUAACCGGAAAUGCGUCCUGGUGCGCCUCUCGACCGGCAGAGAAAUGGUAGCCUAUGUCCCCGGCGAAGGACACAACCUGCAGGAGCAUAAUAUCGUCCUCGUGCGACCUGGCAGGCUGCAGGACGUUCCGGGUGUGAAGGUCAAGUGCAUCAGGGGCAAGUACGACCUGCAGCACGUGAUCAAGAGGAAGAAGUAAUUUAGAAUGGAGAGAAAAGAAGAAGAAGAAGAAGAAGAAAAAGUAAUGGUUAUCGACACGGAUGCACGGAGAACGCCGCGAGAAAAUAAGAAAAAGACAUAGAUGGAUGAAUAGGUAUAAGUGAAUCAGUCAAAGAAUAAGAAUGGAUACAUUUAUAAAGAUGAAUGAGAGAGUGAACAGAGAAAUGGAUAAACUGAACAGAUAUAAAGAUCAAUAUUAUCAACACGAACUCAACGUGGAGCUUCGUCAGUGAAAUGAAAUGUUCGAAAAUCAGCUGAUCGUUGAGAUGUUGAGUGCAAGUUCAGGACCGUCAGCUGAUGAUCAGGAGGCAAAAAGAGAUGUGAAACCCGACUGAUGUUCUUAAAUGUAAAUAAUAAAACUUAGAUUUUCA